UACAUCUGUUAAUUCAGUGCCUCAGAAUUAACUGGGAAAUGGGCAGGAGUUGUCCUCUGUAGCACUGUGUUUCUUGAUCAGCCUCCAGCAUAUGUCAAUUAGAUCUGACUGCUUUAUGUUGAGCAACACUUCCCAUUGAUUAUUCCAAGAAAAAGACUAUAAAAGGAGACCACUUCAUCUGGGAUUUGCAUUCUGUGCAUGACGGCUGGAAGGCUGUUACCAACCGUGUGCUCCCCAGGCAAUUGAGAUUCCCACAUCUCACUUGACAUGGUAAAGUAUGGAGAAUUUGUGCCUAAUUUAACUAUCUAGCUCACUGAGCUGGAAACAAAUGGAUCCAUCGGUCACAUGGUGAGAAAAUCUUGGAGUCUGGUAUUCUGAAGUGUUUGUGGGACCUCAGUCUGCAGAUGGACAGCAGAUGAGAUGCAGUAGUUCUGGAGUCCUUGAUGAAGAAUUGCCUCAGGGCUGCCAUCAGAGGGGAGCUGUCAGGUGCAUCAUGAAGACCAUCCAAAACUGAAUGUCAUAACGUUCCUGGGAGCAGGAAGCACUGGCCAGUUCUUCCUGGCUCUGACAAUUUGAGAGUCCAGUUUCACAGUCUCUGCUACCUGAAGUGAUCCUUGCCUUGGAGGGUGUGCCCAGGCCCCAAGGGACCUUGCAAACUCUCUUUUCCUCGCUGAUAAGAAUUGCACAAGCUAGUUAAAAAGAGUUCUCGGAAAUAUCUGGUACAAGCUACAGCAGGGAAAUCAGUGCAAAGGACCAAACCACAGAAAGCAAGCCAUUUCUCUGCUUCGUGAAUUUUCCAGAUGUACCAUGGGACAGCUUCUUCCUCAUGUAGGAUAGUAGAAUCCAUCGCUCUGUGAUCCGCAGUCAAGGACUUCGCAUUCAAGCGAAGAGUUUAUUAGUGAAAUAUGAUGGGGUAUGUACAUUUGAUCUUCCUGUCUACCUUCCUCUCGGUUUCCAUGACAUCUGAAACAUUUGAAGCAAUGGAAGGUGAGGCUUUAGUUAUAAAAUGUCCCCAAUGGAGUUCAUCUGUGAAAUUCACCUGGUAUCACAUGGACACUAGCAAAAUAAUUCCUGCAGAAGAAGAGGGAUCACGAGUAUUUUCCUCAAAAAGAUUUCUUUGGUUUCUGCCAACUUCUAGAGAGGAUUCUGGAAACUAUACUUGUGUUAUACAUUUUUCAAAUAAUCGUACAAAGUCAUUUGACAUGAGUGUUCAUGUGCAUCCAUAUAAGCGAGGAAUAUGUUUCCCAAGUCAGAUUCGUUACCCAAAUGACACUGGAAGAGGAAAAAUUGUUUGUCCUACAAUUGACAACUAUAAGAAUGCUACUAUCAUCCAGUGGUAUAAGGACUGCAAACCUCUGCAGGGAGAGAGAUACUUCAAGGCAGAAAAAUACAUUUUUAUCAACAACCCAAGAAAGGAGGAUGACGGUUAUUAUACUUGUCGAUUUAUCUACACUCAUAAAGGAAAUAUAUUUAAUGUAUCAGCAACAAGGAUUUUCAUAAGUAAGGAAAAACACUCACCUCUACCUCCUCAAAUUUUAUUUCCAAAAGAUAAAGAUGUAAUAGAAGUGGAGCUUGGUGCUGCUUUGUCUCUGAAAUGUCAGGCCCGCCUUGGGAUUAAGAAACAGCCGAUAGCUGUUGUCACAUGGGAUGUGGAUAAUGUCCCAGUGAGAUACUUAGAUUUUUCAAGAUUUAAUGAAAAAACUAAUUUUUUUGAAGGACGUGCACAAGAAUACUAUAGAGAAACCACUUUGCAUAUUAAUGAAAUAAAAAAGGAGGAUCUGCAGGCAAAUUUCACAUGUGUCGCAGUGAACGAAAUGCACAACACAAAAGCCACGGUGACGUUGCAGCUCAAAGCGCCACGUGAGGUGGGUCUUCCUAACAUCCUCUUGAUCACAGGAUCUCUAGUUCUGCUAGUUGCAAUAGCAGUCUCUGUUAUACUUUAUCAGUCCUUCCGAGUUGAUAUCGUCUUAUUGUAUCGGGAGGUAUUUCAGCCCUACUCAGUCAAGGAUGAUGGGAAGAUUUAUGAUGCAUAUGUAAUCUACCCCAGAAACCAUACCAAUGAAGCUAAUUUUGUGGAAUAUUUUGUUUAUCAAAUAAUGCCAGAUAUUCUAGAAAAUGAAUGUGGCUAUAAACUGUGUAUUCAUGGGAGAGACAUAUAUCCUGGAGAAGAUACAGCCAGUGCAAUUGAGAAGAUGAUGCAGAAGAGUAGACGGCUGAUCAUCCUUCUAACACAACAGCUCAUUAAUUGUAAAGAAUCUGCUUAUGAUCAACACAUUGCUUUAUACAAUGCCCUCAUUCAAAAUGACACAAAGGCGAUUCUUCUGGAAAUGGAGACAAUUGGGAAUUAUGAGAAGCUUCAAGAAUCUCUUAAAUUUAUUAUUAAGCAGCAAGGUACCAUCAAAUGGAAAGAGGAACACACUGUGCAUCCACAGUCAUCCAAUUCUAGGUUCUGGAAACAGGUGAGGUACCAUAUGCCACUGACACUGAAGUCCUCAUACCCAGCUAAUGCUGGGUGAAACAUCUGUGGAAAUACUGAUGUACUAACAGGAUGGACCACAUGCCUGCAGCUCUUCUUCCUUUCCUCAGGUACACGAUUUUACAGUCUGGAAGUCUGGCUGUGGUUUUGGACUUUUUUUCAGUCCUUCAAUUGAUAAACUGAUGGAAGAGGUCUGCGGAACUGAGGGAAGCUUUUAUAGGUGUGGUAGUUCUGUAAAUAAAGCAUUCUAGGCUGCGUGCAGGAUUGUGCAUGUCAUGGGAAGCAAAAUGUGCCCAUACUCUUCCUAUGUAUAGUUGUACGUAUAAACGAAAAUUAUUCUGGAUAGCUAAAUGUCCUGCAGGUUUGCUUUACCUUUCUAAUACAGUUCAUCAAACAUAAAUGCCUUCUGUAUUAUUUGACUAGAAAGCAUGAUGUGUAUUAUGUAAGUAGAAGAUAUGAUGUUGUGCUUUUUAAAUAUUAAUUCCACCACGUAUUCUUUUUUAAUUCUACAGCAACAAUAAUACCAUGAGAUUCUAUAUUUCCUUAGUAUGGAUGCUUCAGUAAAGGCUCUUCUGAGACUGAUGUGAAUACAGCAUGUAAAAAAAAAUAGCACUGUUCAGGGAAAUAACACACUAAUAUAUAUGUAUAUGUGGGGGUUUUUUAUAUGUAUUUUAAUGAAUAUAUUAAAAUGAAUCUCACACAAAGGGGAAAUUUUAAAUACUUAAAUUACAGCAGACCCUGAUAUUAUUAAUGUUAUUGUAAUCUCUGGAUUGAAAUAACAUUUUAAAAUUUAGGGUGUUUUUUUGUACACUAAUGACAUUCUUUAUGCUACUGAAAAAGAAGAGACCACAUUUUUCUAACAGGUAGUAUUAACUCCUUCCCCCCUACUUUGACCUUAUGUACAGUUAUACUUUCUUCUGAUAGUGAAUACCCUGAGAUGCAAAGGUCAGAGCUGAAUCUCCUCCUAGGUCAGGGGAGUAUGAACAAAAUAUGUUCUAGUACAGAUACCCUUGUAAACUUUAAUGUUCUUAGCUUCUUACAAACAGGGAUUUUUAAUGUUGGAGUAUGCUUGGUUUUGAGCUUCAGGCCUGCUACAGAGAUGGACUUAAAAAGUGAAAAUUAGAUGAGAACACAUAAUGUUACCAAGUCCAGGCAUACAGAACAGGCAAGUCCUUUCCUUGUACUGUAAGGUUUUAUUGAAUGUGGAUCUUCAGACUUAUGGCUGGCUAUUUGGAAUAGAAAAAAUGUGUAUUCAAUAUAUGGAUAGAUUUUUUUCAAUAUGAAAUUAAAAGAUCAAUGACAAACUAAAGAGCUUUUCAUGGAUGA